AUGUGUAAACAAUCACGUAUUUAAAAAAAAUGAUUUAUACGUUCCAUUUCAUUGUGAGGUCAUUGUUGUUGAGUACUACCUGGUUAUUUUCCCUUUUCCAAGGAGUUCGACGAGAGUCGAUGCUUUUACCCCAGGAGUUUGGUACUGAAGAUGGAGCAAAAUGCAGACGUCAAAGAAAGUGGAAGCGGAUAUUUUCGAUUCAUCAUUCAAAAGGGAGCAAGUCAGAUAGCGCUCCGAAGAUUCUCUGACUGGGACGCUGUUGGGAGAGCAGCAGCAACAGCGGCGGGUUUGAAUGUGAGGAAAGAUACCGAAUUCUACGAUUACAUUGCCAACAUUACUGAAAAAACACUGUUCGAUGGUAUGAUUAUGGUCACGAUUAUCCUCAACGCUCUGUUCAUGGCUUUGGAGACGGACUAUGAUAUGAAAUACAAACUUUUUGGAUUCUUUGCGAUUGCAGACGAAUUCUUCAUGGCCAUUUACACCAUGGAGUUCUUGAUGAAGGUGUACGUUAACCCAGGGGUUUACUGGAAAAAUGGCUACAAUGUUUUCGAUGCUAUUAUUUUGGUCAUUUCAUUCGUUCCCAUGUUCGCUGAUGGAGGGGACUCCAGUGCAAUGGGGACCAUGCGCAUCGUCCGCGCUUUUCGCUCUUUGCGCGUGCUGAAGACUGUGUCGUUCAUUCGGGGCCUGCAGGCCUUGGUUGUAGCUCUAUUCAAGACCAUGAAGAGUGUGGUAUAUGUCCUGGGCCUGAUGUUUCUCCUGAUGUUCAUCUUUGCCAUCAUUGGAUAUUACUACUUUGGAGACCCUAACACUGGAGACCCUGAGAACUGGGGAGACCUGGGCUGUGCGCUCUUCACACUUUUCAGUUUAGUGACAGUGGAUGGUUGGACUGAUCUGCAGCAGAACCUUGACGACCUGGGGAUGAACUCCAGCCGCAUCUUCACCAUCGUCUUCAUCCUCAUCGGCUACUUCAUCUUCUUCAACAUGUUCAUCGGCGUGGUCAUCAUGGAGAUCCAGCACGCAACGAAGCGUUUUGAGAAUGAGGUACAAAGCGAACGGGAGGCUUCGCUGACCCAGAAGAAACACGCCAUCAUCCAGAGACAGAAGAACGAGAUCAGGAAUCUAAUCCAGAGCCAGGCUGCAGCAGCUGUACUCUGAGGCCGUUCUGAUUCUGAGUGACUUACUGGAAGAAGACUUGAUUGAAAUGGAACAGAAAGCACUGAGAGAGAGGAAAAUCAAAAUGAGGGCGUAACAACAGGUACAGGAACAGGGAUCCGACUGAGAACUACUGAGAGCUGAAAUCCUUGUUCAUUUGCAUACUGGUAUUCAAAUUAAAAAAAGAGGACAUAUGUUGGCACGUUUCUAUAAAGUUGUCUGUCAGGUCUUUGUUGUGGGUUGGCUAUGGUGAUGUCCAUUCCAUUGGAUAGAGUUGGCAGAGAAUGGUCUUCAAAAUGUCUCCAGGAUCCAUCCCAAAUGGCACUCUAUUCCCUAGAUAGUGCACAACUUUUUUUGACCAGAGGCCCCAAGGACCCUGUUUAAAUAAGUGCACUAAGUAGGGAAUGGGUUCCAUUUGAGGCUGUCAGCCAGGCAGGGAGAGUCCAGUCCAGAUGGCCCACAUAGUCAUGUCUGUACUCAGGUUUGGGGCCACUGUGAGGUAGGCUACUAUCUGUAGAAUCCGGAGGCCCACGUAACCCCUCUGUCUACUGGUGAACAGCCACAGACAGGCACAACACGUCAUCUGUUACACGGGGACUUUAUAUGGAGUUCUGGAUGAUUCAUUCUCCAAGUCAAUACGUGGGUCAUGAACUAUCUUCUCACUAGUUGCAAACCUGUUUGGUACAAGUACAGACUGUCAUUGCAUUUUGCGCUGUUUGGAGUAGUUAGACACUCUUGCUGUAAGAUAUGUUCGGAGGGAAGUAGACACCAGUAAUUGCUAUCGUGUAUGUAUAUACAUAACUGUUUGAAGAUUUACAGGGGGUGGGGGCUAAUUGGAAAAUAUAUGAUUGUUUUUUUUUAUUUAUUAUGAUGUCAUGAACAACGUAACCAUAUGACGAUAGAGCCAGCCUAAUCGCCACGGGUGUAUGAAACUCCCAUUGACAUCAAUGCUUGGUUUACACGCUUUGAGUUAGGAAAACGUUUGUCAAGGGUUAGGCCCGUGGGUGUUAUCUGAUCGUCAAACACUUGAUCAGCCCUUAGCAAACUCUGCCAAUAUGUAAUUUAAUGUAUCUUGAUUUAUUUGUAUAAUAUUUUACAUAAGUUAUUUGAUUCUUUAUAUAUAUAUAUAUAUAGCCUAUUAAAUGAAGAAAGACUAAAACGCAAUGACCCCUGUAAAAGGCAUAUUAUCAAUCAUUAAAAGUACAUAGCCAUUGUAGUUGCAGCAUAGUACGGCGUGAAUAUCAUCCUAAUGGGUCAGUACUAUAGAUAUGGGAUUGGCUGAAGGUGUGAACCUAGAGAUAUCGUAUUGAUCCCCUCUCUUAAUAACUGUCAAGAGGAAAAACCAUCACGCUUUGACAACUUCAAACACUCAUAGUCGUUGUAAAAUCUCGCUGAUUAUUCGCGUUAUCACAGUUAUUCAGUGAUGCGGUUUAAAUUGGCUAUUGUUCGGGGCCUGUAUUAAAGGUGUGUUGGGCUUAGGAGCUGGAAUUGGAUAUUGUGAGAAUUUCGCGUCACAAUAUCCAAUUCCAGUUCGUAGGUCUACCAGUAUGAGUGUAUAUCCCCGCUGCAGCAUUUUCUUGACAGUAAGAAGAAGAAAAAAAGUCUAAAAACGAAUAGCCUAGGCUCAAAAAUAAGUGAUGAAGAAACCAAGCUGGAAUGGAGGGAAAUUGCCAAGUCGCUCGCCAGUAGCAAGUCUCAGCUUUUCAUCAUAGCGAGUUUGAUUACUUAAAGGAGUUGCCUGGUCUAAAUGCUCUUGCAGUAGCCUGCUUCUCAUCUGUGGUUCAGCCCACAUCAUUCAAACCACAACGCGUUGUCAACAUAAUAAGAUCUGUAAUGUGAAAUAUCCAGUCGAACGAAAAGCACAGACGGCAAUCGUCGGAAUGCUCAUUGACUGGCAGAAUAUGGAUGUUAACUGGUCAAGAUUGGUCUGAGUUGUAAAUAAUGUAUUCUAAGCCGGUAUUGGCUAUUUAGAAGCAUGAGUCAUGACUCUCUGCCAAAAUAAAGAUGAAAUAAAAAGAA